GGGCGUUUCCAGGAAGAUACGCCUUACAUUUUCCUGUAAUGGCGGACCAGGCAGAGACGGAAGGAAUCGGCUUCACCGAUAACAGAAUGGCACAGCAGGCCGUGCGCUUUCGUGGCCCUGCGCCUGCCCCUGCGCCCGCUACAGUGCCUGCUCCUGCUCAGACCCCUGUAUUGCGUGGCCCACCACCUCUACUUAGACCGCCGCCGCCUCCUUUUGGAAUGAUGAGGGGGCCGCCACCACCUCGCCCCCCAUUUGCACGUCCACCUUUUGACCCCAACAUGCCACCCAUCCCACCCCCGGGAGGCAUGCCUCCCCCCAUUGCCCCUCCACACUUGCAGAGACCUCCGUUUCUUCCCCCUCCCAUCGGCAACCUCCCACCCCCUCCAGGAAUGCUCUUUCCCCCUGGCAUGCCCCCAGCACCUGCAUCUGGAAGCCCUGCCCUCAACCCUGCUGAGGAGAUCUGGGUAGAGAACAAGACACCUGAGGGAAAGGCAUAUUACUACAAUGCUCGGACCAGAGAGUCGGCGUGGACAAAACCAGAAGGCGUGAAAAUCAUUCAGCAGGCUGAACUUAACCCUCUACUUGUGGCGGGGGCUGCCACUGCAGCGGUGGGCACCACUGUGGGCGUGACGGUGGCUGCCAGCUCGAGCAGCGUAAACACGACAGUUAGCACGCCGGCUGAAGCCUCACCCACUGCUGCCCCUUCCAGCACCCCCUCACGCACACUCAGUUCCAGUCCUGACACCACCACGACCACGCUGUCCCCAUCUGUGUCCAUUGCAGCCAGCGUUGUAGCAGAUCUCACCCCUGUUGUCACAGUGACCUCAUCAGUUGCGGUGUCUCCAGUCACUGUGGUGACAGUCUCCACUGUGCCGUCACCGGUCACAGCGGUGCAGACCGUCCCCCUGUUGCCCACCGCCUUGCCUCACAGUGUGGCCCAGCCCACCGCAACCAUCCCUGCCUUCCCCCCCGUCAUGGUACCACCUUUCAGGGUGCCCUUACCAGGCAUGCACAUCCCCCUGCCAGGUGUAGCAAUGAUGCAGAUAGUAGGCGCACCCUGUGUAAAGGCGGGCCCCGGCGCCAACGGAAUGCUGCCUGGCAUGGGCCCACCUUUGGUCUCCAUGAUGCACCCUCAGCUGGCACUCUCGGCGCCACCCGCCUCCAUGGCCGGAGCUCUGCAGCUCCCUGAGUGGACUGAGUACAAGACGGCAGACGGGAAGACAUAUUACUAUAACACCCGUACGCUGGAAUCUACCUGGGAGAAACCACUGGCCCUGCUGGAGAGAGAAAAAGAAGCAGAGAAGGCAAAGGAGCGUCUUGCACAAGAGGAAGCUGAGGCCAUGGAGAUGGAGGAUGAAGACCACAAAAUAGUAAAGAUUAACAUUGACAAGCAGGAGCGCAAAGAAGAAGAGAUGACAGAAGAAGAGAAGGCGGCACAGAAAGCCAGACCGGUUGCCACCAACCCCAUCCCAGGCACACCAUGGUGUGUGGUGUGGACAGGCGACGACCGUGUCUUCUUCUACAACCCCACCACGCGACUCUCCAUGUGGGACCGUCCCGAAGAGCUAGUGGGCCGCGCUGAUGUGGACAAGCACAUCCAAGAGCCGCCACACAAGAGAGGACUAGAAGACUGCAAGAAGACAGGUUUCAGCAAAGAGGAUCAUGAGCUCGGCCUCGCCACUGACGAUGCGCAUGAGGAGGAGCCCACCAAAGCCAAGAAGAGAAAGAAGGAGGACGUGAAGGAAGCAGACUCUGAGAAGGAAGCUGUGAUGGAGGCGGAGCUAAGAGCCGCCAGAGAAAGAGCUGUGGUACCACUUGAGGCCCGCAUGACCCAGUUCAAGGACAUGCUGCUGGAGAGAGGGGUGUCGGCCUUCUCCACGUGGGACAAGGAGCUUCAUAAGAUCGUCUUUGACCCCCGCUACCUUCUGCUCAACCCCAAGGAGCGCAAACAGGUGUUCGACCAGUAUGUGAAGACGCGGGCGGAGGAGGAGAGGAAAGAGAAGAAGACCAAGCUGUUACAGGCCAAAGAGGAGUUCAGGAGGAUGAUGGAGGAAGCCAAGCUGACAGCCAGGACCACCUUCAGUGAGUUUGCUGUCAAACACGGUCGAGACCCCCGAUUCAAGAGCAUCGACAAGAUGAAAGACAGGGAAGCCAUUUUCAUUGAAUUCAUGACCGCCUUGAGAAAGAGGGACAAGGAAGACUCCAAGUCUAGAGGAGAGAAGGUGAGGCUGGACUUCUUUGAGCUCCUCAGUGAUCAGCAUGUGGAAGGAGGCCAGCGCUGGAGCAAAGUCAAGGAGAGGAUGGAGACGGACCCCCGAUAUAAGGCCGUUGAGAGCUCUGCCCUCCGAGAGGAACUCUUCAAGCAGUACCUGGAGAAGCAGGCUAAGAGUCUGGACAUGGACAAGGAGCGCGAGCUGGAACGUCAGGCCCGUAUCGAAGCCAGUCUCAGAGAGAGGGAGCGUGAGGUCCAGAAGGCCCGAUCGGAACAGACCAAAGAGAUCGACAGAGAAAGAGAGCAGCACAAGCGUGAAGAAGCCAUCCAGCACUUCAAAGCUCUCAUGUCUGACAUGGUGCGCUCCUCAGACGCUAUGUGGUCAGACACGAGGAGGAACCUUCGCAAGGACCACCGUUGGGAGUCUGCAUCUCUGCUGGAGCGAGAGGAGAAGGAGAAGCUGUUCAACGAGCAUGUGGAGGCACUGGCCAAGAAGAAGAAAGAACAUUUCAGGCAGUUGCUGGACGAGACCACCAUGAUCACUCUGACCACCACGUGGAAAGAAGUCAAGAAGGUCAUCAAGGAAGACCCUCGCUGUAUCAAGUUCUCCUCCAGCGACCGAAAGAGACAGCGAGAGUUUGAGGACUACAUCAAAGACAAGUACAUCACUGCCAAAGCUGACUUCAGAACGCUCCUGAAGGAGACAAAGUUCAUCACAUACAGGUCCAGGAAACUGAUCCAGGAGUCAGAUCAGCACCUCAAAGACGUGGAGAAGAUCCUACAGAACGACAAGCGCUACCUGGUUCUGGAGUGCGUCCCUGACGAGCGCAGAAAGCUCAUCAUGUUCUACAUUGAAGACCUGGACCGCCGUGGACCGCCCCCGCCUCCCACAGCCUCAGAGCCCACACGGCGCUCCACAAAGUGACCUCCUCAUUGGGCCAAGAGAAUUUCCUGCCCCUCGGCGCCUCCACACCCCUCCCAAGCAGUAUUUCCGCUGGGAGUUGGCGCUUGGUCGCGUACCAUAGAGACGGACUCCCCUCCCCACUCUGUGUUACGUCUCUUCUUAGACCCCCCCUAACGGUUUGUGGCAAAUGUGGGGAAAUCCCAGAGUGACUUUUGACCCAUCACCCUUGACUUGCAUCGGGAUGAUGAUCAUAUGAGGCUGCAUCCUGAGCAGCUGCACGUGUACCAUAGAUAAUGUAAAUCAUGUUUAGUGUGUGUGCGCGCGUGUGUGAGUGCACGUGUGUGAGGCGUGCUGAAGCCUUACAGAUCCACGGUGCCGCUCAAAGUCUGGAAUGUUCCUCUCUGCUCAACUAGCAGCAGCAGUUUGUCUCGACAUCGAAAUAAACAAAACUUCCAUUGUUUUUUCA